CUCGGGGGUGCCCCGGUGCCGCCGCGGCUGCUCUGCCCGGCGGGGCCAGCGGGGCCUUGGCCAGCACUAGCCCCAGCGCCAGCCCCGGCCCCGGCUGCGCGGCCGCGCCCCCGGCUGAGCCCCGGGACUGCCCGGCGUGGCGCUCGGGAGUCGGCGGCUUUCCGCGCCCUCCUGCCUUGGCUCCCUACCUGUUCGUGCGCUUGUGCCUGCUUCGCCUUGUGGUUUUGUUGUUGUUUAGUUUUGGUUUUGUUUUUUACAUGGGAAAAGGGGAAGGUUUUGAAGCGAGUUUUGCAAGGAGGAUGGCUGACUCGAGGCCUGGAUGAUUGCCUGCAGCAAUAUGUCCAUAAAUUUGAACGAGAAAAGAUUAAUGGUGAACAACUCCUACAGAUUUCUCACCAGGACCUUGAAGAGUUGGGUAUCUCACGGAUUGGACAUCAGGAACUGGUUCUAGAGGCUGUGGAUCUCCUGUGUGCACUGACAAAAGUUUUGACCUCAGACCCAUUUCUGGAAAUCCUUUGUGAAAUGCAACUCAAGUUAAUACAUUAGACAGCUAUUGCAUAUUACAGCUGAAACAUCCUUGUUCCCUUUUUCAGAGGUGGAGAAAGAAUUCCCAUGUUUUAGAACUAUGGCCUUGAAACAGACAACAUGAAGAAUCUGGUUCUCAAGCUGCGAGCGUCAUCCAACAACCUGCAAAAUUACAUCAGCAGCCGUAGGAAAAGCUCAAAUUAUGAUGGAAAUACCUCUCGCAAGCCCCCCAAUGAAUUCCUUACUUCUGUGGUAGAGCUUAUUGGUGCUGCUAAAGCCUUGCUUGCAUGGUUGGACAGGACCCCAUUUACAGGUAUUGCUGACUUUUCAUCAAUGAAGAACAGAAUCAUUCAGCUCUGCUUGGAUCUCACUACUACUGUUCAGAAGGAUUGCACUGUGGCUGACAUGGAAGAUAAAGUCCAGACUGUGGCCAAGACUUUAAAUGGCAUUUGUGAUAAAGCCAUUCGAUCAACUACAGAUCCAUUGAUGAGCCAGUGUGCCUGUCUGGAGGAGGUUCACUUAACCAACAUUAAACCUGGGGAAGGCCUGGGAAUGUACAUAAAAUCAACUUAUGAUGGAUUGCAUGUAAUUACUGGAACUACAGAAAAUUCCCCUGCUGAUCGCUCUCAGAAGAUUCAUGCUGGUGAUGAAGUGAUCCAGGUUAAUCGGCAAACUGUGGUUGGAUGGCAGCUAAAAAAUCUGGUGGCAAAGUUGAGAGAAAAUCCUGCUGGAGUUAGGCUGCUGCUUAAAAAACGUCCUACUGGCUCUUUCCAUUUUACUCCUGCUCCAUUAAAGAACCUGCGCUGGAAACCACCCUUGGUGCAGGUGAGAGGCUGCCAGCUCCACUCUGAUCUCAGGAUGGGAAUGCCUUGGUUGCAGCUCAAAAAAGAGAAAUCCCAGAAAUGCUCUCAGACCAGUCCUCCACCAACUUCAACUCAGUCACCAGAAAGCACCGUGGAUACCUCACUGAAGAAAGAGAAGCCAGCCAUUUUGGAUCUGUACAUACCCCCUCCACCAGCUGUUCCAUAUUCUCCUCGAGAUGAAAAGGGGAGCUUUGUGUAUGGAGGAGGCAACAAACACAGUCAACCAUUAACUGGGUCCAAGGGGGCCGAGUCUCCCAAUUCUUUUCUGGAUCAGGAGAGUCGAAGACGAAGGUUUACUAUUGCUGAUUCAGAUCAGUUGCCUGGGUAUCCUCUGGAAGUAAAUAUCCUACCAGCCAAGAUGAGGGAAAAAACACAGUCCUAUGGAAAACCUCGUCCAUUGUCAAUGCCUGCUGAUGGAAGUUGGAUAGGAGCUGCAGAACGCUUCUCUAGGCCACGAGGAUUAGGGAGAAAAGGUGAAGAUGUCCUCUGCAGGUACUUCAGUAAUGAAAGGAUACCCCCAAUCAUUGAAGAAAGCCCCUCCACGCAGUACCCCCUCUCCAGGCCAGUGUCUGACAAGCAGUUAGUGAAGGGAACGGAUUAUAUUCGAGGCAGCAGGUGUUUUAUGAAUACAGACCUCCACAACAGUGCAACGAUUCCUUUUCAAGAGGAAGGUGCUAAAAAAUCGUCGGUUACAUCAUCCACAAAACACUCCUCUGCAGAACCCUCACUGCUGGUCAGUUGGAUCACAAGACUGAAAUUGUUGACUCACUGACUAUUGUCCACAGCGCUGUUACCAAGUGCCUUUGCUCAUCGAUCAGACUUCUCUACUUUUCGGCUUAACUGACGCAUAGUGACUAAUGCGGUAUUCUUUUCCUGGAGAACCUUACAUUUUUGCCUUUUUGUGACUUUUGACAGAUCAGAGGGUGUCAUAGUGCAAGGAGGGGAAAAAAGAUAAAGAUCAAGUUCCUCUUCCUGGCCAAAAGCUGAAGGCAUUUAUUCCCAUGGAAAUAAGUAGAAUUCAGUGAGAUAAAGGCCACACAUGACCUGGAAUGUGCGUAGUGACUCAGAAGAAAGAAUUGUUUUACCGUGGAGUCCAGUGGCACUUUAGUUGUCUGAAUGCUCAGAGACUGGUGUGACUGGCUGGGUGUCAGAGUAUGCAGAGCUCAGCACAAGUUGCGUUGCGUUACUCUCCUGACCAGGAAAGAUAAGCAGAGAAACAGUGGUUUUGUGCAGCUUACUGAUGCUGUUGCAAAUACUGCGUGAGAUCAACCUUGUGAGGAAGCAGUAACAGUGUUGCUGUUCUUUCUCUGAUACCAGAAAUUCUAUGAAGGCUUAGGAAGAGAGUUCUCUCAUUCAGAGAUUUUAGGAAAUUGGACUAAUUUAAUUAUAAAUCAAUCCAACCUGAUAUAUAAACUAUUUUAUUGAAAUCACAGUAGAAAUAAAGAGCACUGAACAACUGCAGUGCUUGUCUGUAAAGGUAUAUGGAUUGCUACAACAUGCCAAGGAAAUGCAUCUGUAGAGGUGGUAAAAGAAUAUAUAUUUUUUUCCUUAAUUGUUUAAGAAUGAUUUGCUGUUAACCAAAGUAACCUUUUAAAGACAGUCCUGUUGGACUUAUGAGAACUUUUACAAUGGUUCAAUUUUUGAAUGAUGUGUUGUUUUUAUGAAAAAUAUGUGCUAUCAUACACUACAAUUGUAAGACAUCUGCUAUUUCCUAUAUAGCUCAAAUCUUUACACCUCCAGAACUUUGAAAUAGCAUUGGGUAUUUUGGGAGAAAAAUAAAACUUGUUUAACAAAAGAGGAUGAUAUUAAAGAGGUAUUGUUCAAAACAGAAUGUACAUAGGACUGCUAGUAUGCAAACUUAAAAAAAGUUUAAAGUAAUUUAAGUGUUAAAUAUAGUUGUAUAUAUUUUUUACACUUAAGCUGAUACUGUUUGUACCUUCCUGUAUUGCAGCACUGGGCACAGCUUAGUCAAAUGAAAAGUUUUUGUGUUCCCUGCUAAUUAUGAGACUAACUAUUUUUGUAGAUGAUACAUUGCCAACAGCCUUUACUCCUUUGGUCUUACUGAAAAGAAGGAUUUGUAUUUAAUAAUUGGUGGGUAAAGAGGGGAAUUAAGUACUAGUUUUCACUUUGGACUGGGGCAGGAAUCACAUGCGAUAACAUGAGCGUUAAAAACACUAUAAUCUGGCUGUGAACAUGUGACCAUUCUGUUGCAACAAGCUUAUGAAGUUGUGCUACAGCCCCGCAGAGAGAGACAGGGUGUUUCAGUUGUCAAUUAAUUAUGUUUGAUUGUGAGUGGUGAUUUAGGUGGGGGCUGGUUUGGACCUUUCUAAUCAAAGCAGAUUAUAAUAUGUCCAUCUUGUGGCACUCUUCUCCACUGCCCGAGAUGGCAAUCUGUGCUAGAGAUGUGACCAAACACUGCUGCAAUGCAGUUGAACCCUAGAACGGUUUGGUUCUGCCUCCAAGAAGAAGGCUGAAACUGCCAUGUUGUGGGCACUGUGAUGUAGUAUAGUCCAACCUCAAAUUGACUGAACUGUUUUAAAGUAAAUCACAGUUACUAGAUCAAAGAUGUUGUCUAAACAAGACUUUUAAAAUGGAAAUUUUGCUCAUCUCCAGUGUCCUGUUUUCCACAGUUUAAGAGUGCUCUAUAGUUUAGGGGUAAAAAAAAAGUCCCACAGAUCUAGGAAUAAAUCACAGUCAAUAUCUUUCUGGCAUAACCUGAGAAAAAUGUAGGUAACAAGUUAGAAACUGCUAUUAUGCAGAAACCUGGCUUAUCUCUUGGUAUCAAAGGUACAUGUAUCUGUUCUAUCAAAAACUAUGCCUAAGCUGACUUCCCUAAUUAGUACAACAUACAUAUCCAGAUAUCCUGUCGUGGUACAGCAGUCCACACUACUCUGAAUACUCUGUCACAGCAGCGAAACAACACAGUUAAAUGGAAAAGAUCAUAAAUCCCAUGAAAAUGAAAAAGAAUAUUUAGUACUCCUGCAUAUAUGUAUAGUGAAGAAGGUAUACUUCAGAAAUAGAGAGCAGGCUUCUAUUUUAGUCUGUAGAGUAUUUGCAAGGCAGUACCUUGAAUGUUCCCUUACAUAACUGUUGCAAGAAAAUACUAUUUUAGAUAGUAAUGUGCAAGAGGAAAUAAGACAUAAAUACGAAUACUAAUGGCUUGUAGAGACAGAGUUCAGGGCAAUUCUUCAAGCAAUGUGUUUCCUCUAUUAUUAUGGAUAAUUAAAUUAAUCAGUGUUUGAAUUCUGGAUGGCCAAAAGAGGUGAACAGACUACUGUAUUAUACUAAUUUUAUGCUAAUCAAUUAACUGAUAACCUUUUCUUCCUCAUAAGCAGGGCUUGUUUUAAAAACAACAUAUUUCAUAAGGUGUGUGCUCAUUGAACAGAGAGGAAAAAAUAAAAAUCUAAAACUUAGCCAAACGAGGAAACAGAUGAUGAAGACUAGUUUUAUAGUUGGAGAGGAUAAAGAAUUUUCUUCUUGCAUAUUUUUUUGUCCAAAUCUUAUGUCCUAUUUUAUUAUGUUGCCAGCACACAGCCUUCACAAACUGCUCUAUACCUGUAGCCACAUCCUGAAUAAACCGAGUUAAACCCCUCAUCAGGCUUCAACUUCAAAAAAAGCUCAAACCUUUUUUUACUUCCCUGGGAGGUUUUGCUUCCCUAGGAGUUUUUCUGCAUUCAUCAGUCAAUUUUGGGAAUAUCUUACACAUGAUGGACAGCAGGGCUCUUCUGUGCAUGCAUAUGCAGAAAUGCCUUUGCCAGCAGGAUUGGUAUCUUGAAGGAAGGUGUUUGUUGUUUGUGUUGCUUGUGUUUUCUGCGCUUAAAUAAGUGCUACUUCUCCUAGCUUCCACUCUACGUCCUAGUGCACCACCUCAGAGUGUGAGUUAGAAAUACUUGUGUACAACUGGAAACAAGUGUUAGGUCCUUUGGAGUACUCUGACUUUGUCCUGCUGUACAGCUGUAGCUUCUUUUUUCUCUGUAGCCCGAGUUUUUCUUUGCACAUGCUGUGGUGAUGGAGCAUGUGCUUUUUGAGGCAAUCACAUAUGAAUGCUUUUGUCACCUUGCAGAAUGUAAGGUUUUUAUAAUGGAGAAGAGCUCUCAAGAAAGCCAUUGACUUACACUAAAAUACAGAAAGAGCAUUCCAAAAGGACUCAGCUUGUAGAAUGAAGAAAGAGGGGCCAGGCUAAGCUACAUAUAUUGGUCUGUGUUGUGUUGAACGCUGUUUCAGCUGCAUGGCAGUAACUCUCAAAGAAAGCAACUCACACAAGUGCAGCACACAUGUACUUCUGCUGCAUUUGUAUGAUGCUAGAAUAUGAAACAGUCAUUCAAAGUAGUUAUAUAUAGUUCCACACUAUAUAUAGUUAUAUAUAUAUAUAGUUAUAUAUAUAUAUAUAGUUCCACACUAUAUAUAGUUAUAUAUAGUUCUACUUGAGCUGUAAUAUGUAUAACAAAAGCAGUCAAGAGCUGCUGUCAAUAUGUAAUUUCACCAAAUUCUGCUGCCCACACUGCUGCUACAUCGGUUUAAAAUAGUAUGCCCUCUUUAUCCUGUUGCCUGCACAAUGCAGACCCAGCUCUCUGGCAAGUCCCUAAACAUCAGUUUUGUCUUCUUUUGUGAUAGUGAUGAGAUUGUGUCAUUCCCAUGGGGCCUCAUGCAGUGAUCCGAAAGCUUAGUUUGGGUUUUUCUGGACUUAGUCCAAAAGUAGAAGGUCAAAUUUAAAAACAGUAUUACUGAAACAGUAUUACUUUGAGUUGGGAUUUCUUUUUUAUACAUACUAAAUAUGAAACAGGGAGGAGCUGUCUGUUGCAUGUACUUUGCCAGAAGGAGGAAAAAUAAGGAUUACAUAUUCAGUGGAGGUAAAAACUCCAGAUCUUUGGGUGUCCUCCAGUUCUUGCCAGUGUGAGAAAUGUGUUUGUUUUAGCAUGACAUAGAAUAGAUGUAAACAUUUCUUUUUAAACCUCUCUGUGUGGCCACCUCAGUUGUUCAGGAUAAUGUAAGCCACUGACUUUCUCCCUUAAGUGGUUAUAGAGUUAGCCCAAUAUAUUUUUUUGGGAGAGGACAAAGAUAUCUUUUCUUAGACAAAUACAUGAUUGAUUAACUGGGUAUGGAGACAGAGGAAUUAAGCAUAAAACUAGUGCUGGAGAGUACUGAUUUAUUGGGAGAAUCCUUGGGAUCAGUUUAAGACUGUGGUUCCUGUUUGUUCCCUGGGCUCUGGUGAGGAUGAACGGUUCACUAUGCAUCUAUGCAGGGUUACAGUUUGGCAGCUAGGCAGCAGCCAAGGAAUCAGAGAACAGCCCAGUCCAAUUUACUGUGCCAUCUUCAGCAAAGUGGGUUAGUUGUUUGGGCUUCUUUGGUUUUGAUUUUUUGGUUGGUUGCUUGUCUCCCUUCCCUGUCUCCAUAAGUGUAGCCCUCCUUCAGUAAAAAUGGGCCAAAGUAGGAACUGUUGAGAUGUACCUGUGGAGCAAACACAACAAGAUCCUGAUGAAGCAGUGGGCUGUGCUUGCUGAUGAGGCCAAGCUGCCAUGUGUUUAGAUGUGCUCUGGGAAUGCCUUUGCAGGUAAUGAGCCUCAGACCUUGUGACUUUUGCUUAGGGACUUUUUUGUUCAGGCAAUAUUUACUGAGAGGUGUAGAAAAUGCCACAGUCUAAACUGAUAUAUGUAUUUAAUGUUCUUUCCCAAAGUAAUCAUGUAUCUCAAUGUUACCUAAUAAUGGGUUUUCCUCUUCCAUCCCCCAUUAGCUGUUUUCAGUACAAAUGUUUCUCAGGAAAUCCUCCCAUAUUUCCAGUGUAAAUGUUAAUAAUUCCAAGUAGUCACAAAUGGACCAUAAUAUUUUAAACUGUAAAAAACAAAAACAACAACAAAAAACCAAACCAAACAAACAAAACUUCAAAACCAAAACACAAGAAGAAACACUUUUUCUACCUUGUGAAUAACAACUUUAUGAAUAAUAAUGAAACUAAGGAUUUUUACUCAGGUGAAAGAUCAGCCAGACUUUAGUGGCUGCAUCUUGCGUGAUUUGUUUGAUUUUAUUACAUGACAGUAGGAAGUGAGGCCUGUAGUUCAGGUAUUGUAGAUUCUUGCAGAGCAAGGUGUUUAAAUGUGUCUCCACAGAACCUGACCAAAGGCUUUCUUAGGUGUAAUGCAGCUUCUCAUAAGACUGUCUUCCCUAAGCCCACUGAAUGUCCCAUUGAAUAUGCAGAAGUCUUAAUAUCAUCUGACAUAGUUCUUGACCAUUUGUUUCUGGUGAGAAGUUGAUAUAAGUUGCUAUAAGUGAGCAGGAUGAGAAGAAAAUACAUGAUGUCCAAAAUUAAUUAUUUCCCUUUCUGUAUGUCCUUCUUCCUCUUUGACAUUCUCCUCCUUACACUAAGGCCAAGGGACUUUCCAGGAAUUUAUUGCACAAACAAAGAGCUAUAAAUCCUUUUAAUAUUUAUAGCAUAAUCUAGUUUGUUUUGAUGUCUGAGAUAGUUUUGGCCAGAGCUUUCCAGUAAAAAUAGCACGGCCCCCAAGACAGUAUUUCCAAGCUCUUGAUUCUUUUAAGAAUUCCUCUCUGCUUAGUAAACUGUUGGCUUAUAUUCUACUUUGAAGCUGCUUAGACCACCCCAAGCAGUCCUUGGCCUUUUAGGUCCAAACACAUUGGCUUAUUGCUGGACGGGAAGAAAGGUCUGUGUUUUUUCCUUGCUUGGAGUUUUUUAACUCUGGAUUUGCAGGUCACAUUGGAGAGAUGGAUGCCAACCUACCACAGAGGUCUUCUGUCUUUCCCUGCCUGCCCUCUCCUGCUGUCUGUGUAGUGGCUAGGUGGGAUGGAGGGACAAGAAGGCAAGGAGGAAUCCAGAAGCUAAAGUAGCAGCCCCUCUCUUCCCUUCUUCCUGCUUAGGAGAUGAGUGGCAGGCCUCUGAUUCACCUCUCAAAACAUGUUUAGAAAGGUUUUGGUUUUGGUUACAGAGGAGAUGAGUAAUUGUUCAGGUAUGUUUUUAGAAGUAAUAAAGACAGGAAAUACGAAUGUUUAGGAUCAAGUGGACGUAAUUGUUUCCCUCGGGAUGCUGCUGCGUGGGGCUGGCCAUUAACCCUUGACGCAGCAGGCUCCAUGGCGCCCUCUCCUGCUGUCACUCGGGCAGCUCUGUAGCUUUCUGUCAGGGAUGGGCUGGAUUUUUACUGACAGCUUUCUGCUGCCUUGUAGUUAAGUAUGGGAUUUCCUUCCUCUCCCCGUGUGGCUUUUUUUGUGAACUGGGAGCCAGGUGAGACUCUCUUCCCAUUAGUAGGGAGAGAGGAGAGGCUGGUGUGGUGUGUUGGCUCAUACACCUGGUUCUCAUUUCUUGUGGUCGAUAAACUGUACUUGAUUGCUGUGGCUGUGGUCCCAAUGAGUUGUAGGUCAGAACUAGUUUAAGGGUAUACUUGAAUAGCAGAUGAAUCUGGGACUGGAAAACUAAAAAAAAAAAAAAACCAAACAAAAAGAACCCCACCAGAAUAAAAGGCUAAUGUGACAAGAUACAUGAGUUGUUCUUUGAUUUGCAAAGUUUGUUUUCUUCUGGAAGUGUGGGAACAUUGUAGAAGGAUGAAUGUGUUGCACAGUGUUACCGCAGAGGUAAUGUGAGGGAGCCGUUUAAAAACCAAAAAGGCUUGGCAGCACAUAAGCUCCAGGUAUGGCACAGGCACGUUUCACCUGGUGCUGCACUGAGAGGCUUUUAUUAAGGUGAAGUGGACCAGUAAGCUGGGCCUAUUGGAGACAGGCAGUGAGGCAGACACCCCAAGGUGCUCACUCCCUGGUGAAUCUGGCCACAAGAAAUGUGUUUGACAUGCUACUGCCUGGGGCUGGCUGCUGUCCUUGGAAUGGAUGUGGUUUCUAUGUAGGAAAUAACUUCUCUAGCAGAAUGUAGAAAAGGCUCAGGUUUUGGUAUCAUGACUCAUUUUCCCAGUGGUUGACCAAAGAGCAGGGGGCGUGAUGGGGAGCUGUCGUGAGAUGUACUCUUGUUGCUAUUAAGAAAUGGCAGGGAUUGAAAACAUAUAUCACCAGAAAUUUGAAGUUCAGAAAGCCUGGACCACCCACGGUAGCCAAAGCACAUGACAUCUCCUAUGGGUCACUCCUGCAAAUGGGAAUUUUUGGUCUAGUUUACAAUGAAAUAUUUGAUGUUUUCAAAAUGUAGAAGAUUUCGGGUACCCUCUGGUCUCACUGUUUACUGCUCACAUAGCUGGCUGUGAGAGGAGACAUCUUGGCAAGGGUGGCCAACUCUGGUAGUGUUGACUCAGGGCAGGAGCUGUGAGGUGAGAGAUGCAUCAAGCGGAUUAGUUUGAUACAAGCUUUUCAGGUUGGAUGUGUGUAACAGAUCUACAUCUUAACAGGAAGUGCAAGUCAGUUAUAAAAUCACAAAAAACGUACAAAAACCAUUAGUGGAAGAAGAGAUGCUGCCAAAACAUGGUUUUCUGUUGCUUUCCAGUAUUCUUGCCUAGCUUGCACCUCUAAGACAAAGUCCCAGGUGGUGCCCUAAUGAAAAGUGGCACACUAGGUGACCCCCUUUGUUGUUCAAAGCACCAGGCCAAGCAAUGUUUCUGUUACUUUUCCUAUGUGUCUUGAGUGACUUCCAGUGAUGACCAGUCCAUUCAGUCUGUUGCCACCUUUUCCUUUUGCUCAAGGUGCCCUUGCUGAGCACCUUAGAGCAGUUUCUGCAUUGUCACACUUGUGUGCGUGCAGAAGGCAAUGUUGUGUUCAACGUGCUUUGUGCUGCUUUUAUACUUGAGAAUAAAUAAACAUUUCUUCUGGUAAGUUAACAGGGCUUAGCAGAAGAAGUCUGCAGCACUAAGUCUGAUCUUUCUUUCUACUUUUUGUGUCAAAUCUGGUUAGUUUACUAAGAGCUGUUUCUGAUUUAUGACUGAAGGGGUGAAAUGAAUCUUGUUGAUGAAGAGGACUCAAGUGAACAUUUGAACAAAUGAGGAAAGGCCAAGGAAAUUAGAGAAGUAAAACCAGGCACUAAUUCUUUAUUUUUGAGCAGUGUUAAACAUAAAAUACACCGAGUAAAUGUGUAUGUGUUUUGCAUUUGUGUGAGUUUUUUAUCUCAGCCUACUCUCUGGAAACUCUUAAGAUUAUUCUCCUACAAGUUUCCAGACAAUGAGCUGCAGGUAACUGUGGGAAACUUAUGAUCAAGCUGCUCCUUAUUGUGCUGUUGUAUUCUGGAAGAGCAGACUUCUUGCAACAUCUGGCUUUUCUGUUCCUUCCCAGCCCUCCCACUCUAAAACCAGUGCACAUCAAGUCAGGUGACUUUCAAAAUUAUGAGCUUGUCACUAGAUCCUCUUUUCAUUGUCCUGUUUGGUGCAACUUUUGAGAACAAUAUAAAAUGGAUUUUUAAAGGCUGCAGAUGCUGCAGUACAUAAGCACUGGGAGAUGUAACUAUCUACAGGUUUGAGAACUGGAGCCAUUGUAAGGUAACAGAUACACUGCUUUAUUUAAGAUGAAAAGUUGUUCUUUGAAUAGAAAUUGGGUUAUGUACUUGGACUAUUAAAUACACAUUUGUUUCAGAAAUGCACAAAGUGCUAUUUGUGUGCCACUUAGUAAAGUUCACGUGGAAAAGCUGAAUCAUCCAAGCCAUCUGAAUGAUGCACACUAUUCAGUAGUUGUUUUCUUCAGCAGGCAGCUGGUGAUCUCUCUUCCUGUAUUUGGGGCUUGGGUGGGGGAGGAAAAGGAAGACAGGAGUCUCUGUGGGGGGGAGACCUAUUGGUUCAUAUGUGCAAACUUUAUGAUUUUCCUGAGAGAUCUCUAAAUUUGUGGUAAGUUAAAACUAUAUUUAGAGAAAUGAAGAGGCAAUAUAUGUUGCAAUUGUGUUAUAAAGUGUUUUAUUUUAAAGUAAUAAUGCUUUAUACAUUUUUUUUAAGCAUGAUUUGCUUGUUAUAUUUGAAGCAGUGCUUCAUGGGGAAGAUAUGGGAGUUGUGCUAGAGCUGGGGAUCGUUCAGACUGGAUGGCUUCUUUGCCUUCUGCUCCCCUCUUGAAAUCAGGAGGUGAGCUGUGAGAUUUGGUGCCUCAGUCAGCAGCCAAAAAAUGGUAACUCAAUUUAUCUCUCGUGCUGCCCCUGUUGUAAACUUUUUAAUACCCAAUUUACAUGUUUACCUACUGAAGCUCAAUGGUAGUGAAGGGCUGUUUAAUGCUGGAAAAACCCCCAGCUAAUGAGUUGGGAGUCUGUCUGAGACAGACAGGUGACAGAGCUGGGGGGGAACAAUAAUUUUGCAGACACCCCCACACAUAAUCCCUGCAGCUACAUCUUUAGUUUUCCACAUAUAGGAUGUAUUUAUUUUUCUAUGGGAUAUUUUCUUUAUGUUGACACUGGUGAAGAAGUGGGGUUUUUAUGAUCUAUCCCUUCAUAACAGUCUGUCUUACCUAUUUAGAUUGUAAGAAAAAUUUUUUUGUAGAAAGCCACAUCUUGCAGUUGUAACUUCCUGAGCAUGCUGGGUCAGGGACUUAAUUGGCCUCUAUUGUAUUUAAUAGUACAGUUUGAAGGGUCUAAGGAGCAGCAGAAUGGAAAAAGCAAUGCAGAGAGGCUUUACUCAGAUCUCGUUAACCUGACUUUCCUUUCUUUGUGGUUGUUUUCUUUUUUUUUUUUCCCUAAAGCUGAAGAGGAACACAACCAGCAGGCAUUCAAAUCUUCUUUUGAAUCUAUACCAAACUCUGUGAUUGAAAGAGAAAUGAACUGCCUGGGAACUGAUGGCAAAUUACUUGUAUUUCUAACCAACACAGAACAGAGAAAAAAAAAAAGGGUCAGGGCUCUUGUUCUCAGCAGAUUCUUCAAGAGAGCUUCUAAUUGACUCUACUAGGGGGGCACUUCCAUUCCUUUUGAUGAGUGUCGCUUUAGGACUGGCAAUGCCUGCAAUAACCUGAAGUACAGGUAGUUCUAAUUAGGGGGAAACAGCCCCCUUGCUUAGAAAACAUUGACCUUUGAGGAAAUAUUAAAUCAAAUUAUGUUGCAUAGUCUUAAGAAAAGGUGACUGCAUUGGUGUCUUAAGAACAAACAUUAAAGAUUUAUGUAAGAAAUUUAUUGGACCAGUUUUUAUAGGACAAGAGACAAUAGGCUUAAAUUACAGCAGAGAGCUUGAAUUUGGUCAAAAAAACUAAUGUCAAGGAGAGUUAAGCGCUGGUUUAAGAUACUGAAGGGAGCUGUGGGACCUCCAUUAUUUGAUGUCUUUAAGAACAGGUUAAGCAGCCUCUGUCAAGAAUAGCCUGAGUAUAAUUGAUCCUGCUGGGAGGAGCAGACUUAGUGAUCUCUUGAUGUCUCUACAACCUCAUGAAUUUGCAGAGAUGUGAGUAGGCUGUAUGUAAGUGCAUCCUGGUAGAGUUCAUCAAGAACUUUCAGGCCCUUCUGGAUAAAAGUCACCAUACAUGCUUCACCAUAACUGUAGUGAAGUUUUGAUGUUUAAAGGAGAUUGAAGCAAUCAAAUGAAUGCAUGAAAAGAUUCAGUUCAGUGACACCACACAGGAAAAAAGGAUAGGGAGCAGUAACAUACAGAAUUAUUAAUUUUGCGGUUUUGUAGUUAUCUAGAAUAAAAUCAUCAUCUUCUUCAAUUAUGGUUGUCAUUCCUUCAGCUGAGGUACUUGCAGAACACUGGAAAAGCAUAGCUAUUUAUUUUGAAGAACUAUGGGUUUUUUUCGCUUAAUAAAAGGAAAGUGUUAGGGAUGCUACUACACUUCUGAAUUUUAAGGGAAAGCACUUUGAUAGAUGUAAAAGAUAGUUUAGCCUUUGAAAAUGAAAACAACAGAUUUAUAAAAUCUGCUCUUUUAUACUGCUUCCUUUGAGAUGAUAGAGUUGAAAGACACAUUCCCAUACCCUUGCCAUUUCUAAUAUAAUCCUUAAUUUUUAAAAAGGAAAGUAACUUGCGGACAGACAGGUUAGUUCUGUGCUUUUGGAAGUAUCUUGUUUGUGUACAUAAGUUCCCUGUUAAACUGUGAAGCAAAAGAUAACCCACCUUCAUCUUCUUUCAGUCAGUGGGUGUCCCAGGGAUAUGAACUUUGGAAAGGCACACAGAGUGAAUUAUACCGAGAAAUUAAUUUCUCACACAGUGCGAUUUGUCAGUGGCCAGUCUCCAGAAAGCAGCACCAGAUGCCCUGAAUAUUUUGGCAUUCAAGUCUGUUGAAAUCUCCAAAGAGGAGGAAGUGAAAGAAUGGUGGCAAGUCUCUUGCGAGCAGUUUUGGGGAUAUGGGACUUCAUUUGCACAUGAGUGCGACAGCUCUCUUCAACAAAAAACAGGGUGGGAAGUGGGAUAGACUGUAUCUCUUCUACCACUCAAAGGACUGAGCCAUCUGCUUUUCCAUGUCAUCACGAAACAGUGUCUGGUCUGCUGUCUUAUCUCUUCUGUGGACUAUUUAUUCUUUCCAUAAGUAACACAUAUGCUUCUUUGGAUCUGUCACUAUUGCCCUCACUACAAUUCAGUGCACAUGUAAAGCCAGUAGUUAUUUUAGGAAGCAAUAGCAUCAGAUUUCAAAAUAUAUUCUUGGCAAGUUUUCAGAUAAUCCAUUUAUAUGCAGUUACAGUGCUUUGAAGAUAUAAAGUGCCACGUUACUGAUAAGUACUGAUUAGUCAUGCAAAUAAAUGGAAAUAUUUUAAUUAGGGCAUUUUCAACAUGACUCGUACUGUGGAGAAGAACCUAUAUAAACAUUAAAUAGGUAAUUUAUUAGUGAGAACAACCUAUGAUUAAGGGCGUUGUGUUUUAAUUUUUUUGGGGAGAAUAAUAUACAUAAAAAGCAAAGUACUAAUGCAAGAGAGUAGCAGCCUGAUAAGCUAAAAAACAAUCACUAAUAAGCUAUGUUUUUCAAAGUAUGCAUAAAGCUACAAAUGAGAUGUUUGUGUCUCUUCACGUCUGCUUGAACCACAGUAUAAUUUUGAGUAAGCUGGAGAUGCUUAAAUAUGUACUGCCUGAAAUGUGGCAGCCUUUCCAGUUGGUCACUUUUAUAGUCUACCUGCAUAUCCUAUGGGACUAUAGUAGCUUUGCUGUAGAAUUUGUCAUCAGUGUUCUGCCAGGACCCUUCCUUCUUGCAGUAAGGCCAUGAGGCCUUCUGGUGUCUUGUAGGAGGUGUGUGAAGUGUUGCCAGGUCAUUCUGUGUCUACUUCAUAGUCACUUUUGUAUGUAUGUGCCAUUAUGUGUAAGGUGAAUUGAAAUGGAGGCCAGGAUUAAGGUACAGUGUUAUGCUAUAUUUGUUUAGGAAGGCUUUUGAGAAUUAUAGCCAGAUCUUUUGUGUUUUUGAAUGCAGUUGCACACUACACUGUUGCUUACCUUGGAAAGCAGGAUUGGGUGCCUCUGUGAUGAGGAGCAGAAUAUCAGACUAUUGUUAUUGAUAUGUGUGUUUAUCAACUUGACAAUAUAUUUGGGUGAUGUAAGUGGUGAAUGGACUAUGGGAAUACAUCCAUGAAACAAUUCCUUGUCUCUUUGUUUUUAGUGCCAGGACUUGUUUAUAGUGGAGUGUGCCAAAGUUUACCUCCAAUUAAAAAUCAGGAGAAGCAACAGUUUACCCCAUGGUAAACCUUACUAUCUGCCAGUUAGUCACAACACCCACAGUCUUUUUAAUUGAUGAAUAAAAUGCAAAGUUGUAAUGUAACUGGAUUUUCCAGUCUGAUUUCCUAGUUUCAGUAGAAUUUGCCUGAGCUUUAUAAAAGUAUGUAAGUAUUUACAUGUGUAUAUGUCUGAGUAUAUGCAUAUACCCAUGUAUUAAAUUCUGUUUAAACUACUCAUAUAAUAUUUAUCAGAGAUGUAAUGACACAGCUUGUCAGCUCUGUCUUUCAGAGUCAAUCUUUUACCUUUGCUGAAAACUUUCUCAAAGAGAUUAGACUUAAAAACUCUAGUCAAGGCACACGAGUCUGCUGUUGCCAUAUUUCCCUGUCCACACAGCAAGUCCCCUUACUGAGCGGAUAAAACCAGGCACAAGUGAAAGCUUUAGUGAUGCAGCUUGUGUGUAACUUGUCACUUUAUGCUUAUAUAAGACAUAUAUUUCUUUUGGUUUUUUUUCCUUAAACUGAGAAUAUACAACAAUAAAUUUUCACAGUCAUUGAAGUUA